UCAAGACACCCGUUGUUAUGAAACUGAGCGCUUGUGAAAGUUUAGCUUCAGUGUCCCACUUUGCACAGCAGUGCUCUAUUAAUAGAACUAAUGUACCUGGCUGCUAGUUUUUAGGUUCUGUGUUUAGAGACUGCAGAAUAGUUCCCUGGUAUUUCCUAGUGUGGGGAAGGAAAACACUCCCUGCCCCUCUCUGGGGAGGGGAAAGCAAGAAGGAAGUGUGAGCUCUAAGCUUAGUGCAUGCCACCAGCAAGAAGAGAACACUCACUAAAGGGAUGAGAGCAGAUCUAUGGCGGUACUGGGUGCCUCUCUCCUUGGAACUGUGCUGUGUCUGAGUGCCUUCCUUUGGUUGGGGGCCACAGAAAAAGGUAGAAUCCCACCAGCCCCUGAGGAUGUACAUUUUGAUCUACAGUUCUACUCUCAUACCUUACUGUGGUCCCCUGGAAAUCCUGCUGCAGAGGGGAUCCUUUAUGAAGUGCAGUAUUACAGCUAUGGUACAAAAUUAUGGCAUGAUGCUCCCCACUGCUUUCUCACUCACCAUCUUUCAUGCAACCUGACAAAUGAGACUCUGCCCUUGGGUAUUGGAUAUUUUGGAAGAGUCCGUAGCAUUCUCGGAAACCAGACCUCACAUUGGGUACGGACUCAAAGAUACGGAAACCAAGAAGUCACUCUGCCUGCGCCCUCAUUCUCGCUGCAUGUGGAUGGCAGUUCACUUAUGGUUGAUGUUAGUGUCCCUGAGACCCAGGCUGGUAACUUCAUACUGCAUUAUGCUGACCUGUUCCCACAUAACAGCAAGUACAUUGUACGUCUACGUAGAACUGCAGAUAACCUUACGAGUAUAGAGGAAAAGAACAAGACAAUGUUCCAUAUACAUAGCCUGAUCCCAGGGAGGGAGUACUGUGUGGCAAUGCAACUCAAAAUCACCUCUAGACUGAACAAUGGUAUUCUUUCUCCAGAGACAUGUGUCUAUCUGCCAGAGGAAGAGUUGGAUAAGAGUACACUGCUGGUGCUGGCUACUGCUAUACUUGUAUUUGUAACCAUUCUAAUAUUUGUCAACAUCAUUAUCUGUUUGUAUGUUCGGGGAACAGUGAAGACCCCAAAAGCCCUGAAGACUCGUAUUAUGAGAAGUCGCUCCUGGAUGGAGAAACCACCAAUGCAGAUUUCCAAUUGCACUGACUCCUUAAGGUGGGAAGAUGAAUUUAUCGAUCGCCUCAUGAUGGAGCCUAGGAAUUCUCCUUUGCGUAGCAGUGGAGACAGUGGUUUUGGAAGCCAGAUGCUUACUCUGAAGAACUCAGCACUUCAAUCAACAUCUUCGAUUCUCUGUAUAGAUGAUAGUGGUGUUGAAUUGGCAGAAUCAAACUCUAAAUGUAAAGAGACCCGCCUAAAUGGAGAUGCCACUUGCAAAAUGCAGUUUCCAAAAAAUCAGGGUGAGGACAGUGGGAUCAGUUUAUCCACAGGCUCCCCGUGUCUCAAACGUAGCUGCAGCAUUCAGGAGGUCUCUUAUAAAGAGAAUAUAAAUGAUGUCAGAGAUGAUAACUGCAGUAAAAAUAUCAGUGAUUCCAGGUUAGGAUACCGAAGGCAAUCUGAACCUAAGAAAAACCAGAAUAGUUCUGAAAGUGACGAUCCAGAAAUAACCCACAUAAAAGACUACCUUACACAGGAUGGGAUUCCCAGGGACAACAGUAACCCCCAAGUACAGAAGGAGGUCUUGCAAGGAUCCUGGACUAAUAUAAAUGAAGGGUUUCACUCUUCACUUCCAUUUACUGCAGCAUUUAGCCCAUUCAGUCAGGUUCUCUGUGAUUUUCGGGUCAAUGUUCCAACCCUAGGGGAUGUUCAACUGUUGGAGAUCAUAUAAUAUGUAAGGAAUGGGGGGGGGGGUCAUAUUUGAGGGACAAUUUAGAUUGGACUGAACAAUCUCUAAGAUUCUCCUAAACCGGUGUUUGUAAUUAAACCACAACGCAUCAAAGAGCACAACGUACAAAUGCUGUAUACCUAUUAAGCAAUGAGAAUUAGUUGGAAAACUAAGUGACAUAAAUGAGAAAAAGACCUCUCUACAACAUCUCCUCAAAUACAUCCUUUACUGUAUCCUAAUAGAAACUCUCCUGCAAACGUCUGCAUUCUUAAAAAUAAGCUGCACCUUCAUUAUCUUGGCAUUAGCCCAUUUAUGGAAUAAAGACAAGACAGACUUGGAUUUCCUUGUUCAGGGGGGUUAUUUACUAAUGUCCAAAUUUUCUGGUUGGAGUUUUAAAGGGAAAAAGACCAUUUUAUCAUUUGG